CUAUACUUACCCCAAUGUACGAUUAUUGCUCGUCGUGGACUUUGUCACAGCCACAUCGCCGCGAGUACUUAAUCAUUCCCAGUAGUAGUAUUUUUAUGUUAGCAGUAGCUAAAGUAAUUGUUUAUUACAAUAAAGUAUAACUUACUUACUAAGAAUUUACAAGUGUUCAUUAUUUCAACUAACCUACCUUCUCAAUACCACUUCAAGCUCGACAAGGACGUGCGACGUCGUUAAACAAUUAACGUGGAGCAUAUCGCAGUGUCCCGCACAGCGAUCACUACAAAUAGUGCAUUAGUGCAUAAGCGAAUGGUCGCUUCGUUCUCCAGCAGGUCCCGCGGCCGAAGCUGUCGGUCAUCGGCUGCCGUCUCGUGAUCGUCGCAUCGACGUUGAUGCAAUUACAGACUUAAGAUUAAAACGGCGGUCGGCAAAAACAAAAAAUAUAAAAGGAGCCACGUGCAAAACUUAUCAGUUAGUACUGAGUCGGCGAGUCGCAACAUAUUAUACCAACAAGUCAACAACCUACUUUUUACAAAACCUUUUUGGUGUAAUUUUUAACCAAUUUCGGUGAGUCCCAAAACCAAAUUUUCGGCGAAAAAAAAUGUCCGUUACCAGUUGGCAUUUGCUAUUAUUAAAUCCGACACUGUGGUUCACGUUAUUUUGGCAGCGGUACGCGCUCUACACUGCGCAAGGCUGUCGAGACGCACGCGAUCUCCGGCGGUGAAAGGCCAUGGGAUGGAUAUCGAUUUUCUCGCUAUCCGACGGAACUAAACGGCAUGUGCAAGUGAAAAAUUAUUGUUUCCGUUGCCGUCGAAACGUUAACAUUAUCGUCCACCACCGUGCUGCCAAAACUAUAUACAAACGAAUAAAUUUGAGUGGUUGAUAACUUUACCUUUGGAGACGAAAAAACGCUAUCAUAUGGCAUGGAAGUUGUUGUUAGCCGUUCACAAUUUGAUCGUAUUGGCGCAUUGCGUGGACUGGUCGGGAAAAAUCUACCAGACAAACGCUGCUCAAGAAAAAGAAAACCUAAUGUUUUGUUACGAAUGCAACACAAUGGUGAACGGGAAAAGCUGUAGCAAUUUCACGGACAAGGACGAGUAUUCGAGAUUCUCCACGAAAUGUACAGGGGAUAGAAAAACAUGCAUGGUGAAACGAUACUCGUACACGACGAGCAACGAAAGCACCACUUCCGGCCAACAGCUCUGGUCACUGGAACGCAACUGCUCGGGCAAAUGCGAAGACGGAUGCAUCGUGAUCGGCGAACGGAUCAAGAUCUACGCGUGCCAGGCGUGUUGCGAAUCGCCGCUGUGCAAUGUGUCCAACGGAACCGACCGUCGGUCCGCGACUCCGUCGUUCGUCGUGUGUCUGGCCUUUUUGUUCUUACUUUUGAGAACUACUGUCGUCGACCAGCUGCAGUUAUCGCCGUCAAAACGACCGUCCGCCACCUCCUCUUCCACUUCCGAUCCCGUCCACUCGUCGUCGGACACUAGCAUAACCACAAAAUUCAAUAAAUAUUUUUUAAUUUUUUCGUCGAGUCAUCACUUCACGGUGUGUCGUCGGUAAAUUUUUUUCUCAAAUAUCAUUGAUAAUCACAUAUUUUUUAUCGUAUAGUGUACAAAUAAUAAAUAUAAAUAUUUAAAAUAUUGUUAAAAAAAACAGUAGGGCUGUAGGGGUAUCUAGGUGCCUACACGGAUUUAUGUAUACAAAAUAUUACUAUGUGGUGUAAACGUCAUCGUCGUAUACUAGGAAACAAAUUUAGAGGCGCCGAAAUAAUCUAAAACUCGUUGAAAUAUCGAUGAAUGAUAUUUCUAUCCGCCUCCGUAAAUCAACUUACACUACCUAAGUAGGUAUUUAAUUAUUAAAAAAAUUAUUAACGAUCACUACUAUACUUAUACUUUAUAAAAUUUAAUAAUAUUCUACUAUUAUAACAGUUUAACAUACCACGAGUCAUAGAUAAAACAUAUUUUCAGCGCCUCUGUUCUCUAUAUUAUUAUGAAAUAUCUAUACGAAUUUGAUAAAUAUUUUUCGAUUUACUGUGAAAACUAAAUUAUUAUUGGUAUUUGGUAUUAAUCUGUCUUAUCUACCUUGAAAAUAUUUUAUGAUAUAAUAAUAUAAUAGUGGCGUAUUUAGGAUUAAUUUGAGGGAGAAGAUAUUACUAAAAUUGUCGGUGCCAAACGUCCCAGCAUUUUAUUACUUACGGACUACGGUCUACGGGUUGAUAAAUGAAAAAAAAACGACUAAAAUUUUAUAAAUAUAAACUAAAAAAAAAAAAAAAUGGGGGGCCAAUGGGGAGAUAAUUGCUCUGAUUUUCCCCCGUAAAUACGCCACUAAAUAAACGUUUGGUAUAUUUUAUUUUGUACCUACUUCAUUUUUGAAAAUCAAUUAUUUUUGUUCUUUUUUGCAAAUGUUCUUCGUUAUUGUAACUUUUUGACAUUUGCCUGUAUGUGUAUUGUAAUAUAGUGUAUUACUACCUAUACCUACCUGCAUACAGGCUACAAUAUGUUUAAUAUGUUUAAUAUGUUUAAAUCAUUAAUUAUUUGUAAAAUUUAGGUAUAGGUCACUCAUUUACCUAUGUCUAGUAUAAAAUAAACUUGUGAGUAUAAUAAUAAACAUUUCUAAUUGUAAUUAAA